AUUGUUGAUGAAUAAAUAAAUGAUUCGUGCAGUGGGAAAGGAUUUUAUAAUUAGUAUGAAGUAUGCUGAAUCGAUAGCAACCAAAUAUAAAGUUGUGAUUGACGAGGCUAAUGCCUUUUUGAUUAAAUUAUAAUUUAAGAAUAUUAGAGAAGAACAAGUACGUAGUGGGUAGAAGGCCGAUUGGACGAGGUAUUUAGUUUGACGUGGAACAUCUUGCUAGUAAUAAAGAAUGGUUCUUCAACUAAUAAAAAAUGAAUUGGAGGUAAAGAUGAAUGAUAAGCUAGACAAAGGGUUCAUCCCUAUAAAUAGCAAAGCGCUGUGAGAAACAAUCAAUUAUCAAAAAUCAUAGAGAAAUAGAGUGCAGAAGCAAAAUGAAAAGUGUGUAUUUCCUUGUGACAAUCUUGGCUUUAACGUCGUCCAUUGCCUCAGCCUAUGAUCCAAGCCCUCUGCAAGAUUUUUGUGUUGCUUUGAAUGACACAAAGAGUGCUGUAUUUGUGAACGGAAAAGUUUGCAAAGACCCAAAAGCAGUGAAAGCAGAAGAUUUCUUCAGACACGUGGAAGCUGGGAAUACAUCGAACCCACUUGGAGCACAAGUGAGUCAGGUGUUUGUUGAUGAGCUAUCAGGAUUGAACACACUUGGCAUAUCUAUGGCUCGUAUAGAUUUUGCAGCAAAGGGUUUAAACGCUCCCCACACUCACCCUAGGGCCACAGAGAUCCUUAUUGUUGUUGAGGGAACUCUUUAUGUUGGAUUUGUGAGUUCCAAUCAAGAUGGCAACCGUCUCUUUACCAAAGUGUUGAACAAGGGUGAUGUCUUUGUCUUCCCAAUCGGUCUCGUUCAUUUCCAACUUAAUGUCGGCUAUGGCAAUGCCGUUGCCGUCGCUGCUCUCAGCAGUCAAAAUCCAGGAACUAUCACUAUUGCCAACGCUUUGUUUAAGUCCAAUCCUUCUGUUUCUUCUCAGGUUCUUACAAAAGCCUUCCAAGUUGAUAAGAGCAUAAUCGAUUACCUUCAAAAGCAAUUCUGGACUGACAACAACCACUAGUUCAUUAUUCAUUCACUGUAUUCAUUUCCUCUUUCUACCCAUAUAUUAUUUCUUUAUGCAAUAAAUAAAAAUUCUUCCCACUUAUAUUU